ACAGUACGUCGUUUCCACAGCAACCGUUGUUGCCGGACCAUUGUAUCAGUAACAGGUGACUGUGCUUCUCGUGACUUCCAACGGUUGCUGGUUGUAGAUAGAUAAGUGCGCAUUACACGGUGCGCACUUAUCAAGAAAUAUACUUUUAAAGAGAAAUGAUGGCUGAGAAAGGCGGCCUGACGAAACUAGACGUCUCUGUAUUAAACGCUGAGCAGCAGGAGAAACUGCGCCAGUUUAAGAUCAAGACGAGAAUCGACAACGAGAAGUAUUUGAGGUCGCAUCCUGAGGUAGAGCUACUCAUAGGCGAUUUUCUAAGGGAUGUGCUUCUUAAAAGGCCGACUGACAUCCAUGAAUUUGCUGCUGAUCACUUCACAAACCCAAAGCUUCAAGAAACUAUUCUCCCCAAAAUGGAAGGAAACAGUGACACAAACUGAAGCACAUCCAACAGCUUCUCCUAUGUCUCUCUCUGUAUAGGGGAAAACGAUUUAUGGACUCUGUUUUGCUGUAACAAUAAUGUUACUUAGGUUGUUUCAUUGUCAGUUUGCUGUGAUACAUUUGAAGGAAGCCAUGUGGAUAAAACAUGUCUUAAGUACACAUUUACAUUACACGUAGACACACUGAGUCUGUUUUAAGAAACAUCACUGCAAGAAUUUGUCUAGAUUAAACAAUAAAAUGUGUUCUUAAGCCCA